GAACGCGAGGUGCCGGCUCCCGCGCGCGGGCCGCGUGGCCCGGCCGAGGAGAGGGGCCGACCCGGAGGCCCGGGCAGCCGGGUUUGGUGGGGUGGAGAGCGUCGAAGGCCGCCGCGGAGGGGUCUCGCUGAGCCUCCGCCUGUGGUGUGGCCGGGCUGGCGGCCUGGUGAAGCCUUCCGGCCCUACCCCGCCGGAGGAAGGGGCUUGUAGGCUCGCUGGGCCUGACGGCCCAGGCCGCCCAGCUGCUGUCGGUCUUUGCAGUCCGGGGCGAAGAUGCUGGCGUUCUGGAGUUCGCUACGUCAGCGUGGCUCACUUACGUCCACACUCAUUAUUUUGAAUCUUCAGCAGCGGUUCUCGUCCCACUUCUUACGGUAGUGCGAACCCAGGCAUCAGGCGCCUCGGGCUAGAUUGAGAGCGCAGCACGUCGGCGUUGGAUUCUGAGCUUAGUGUCACAGCUUCAAUUUAAAAAAAAAAAAACUUUCAAGUUUUACAUCUUUGAAUUUCUUUGGUGCAUCUUGCUCGAUGUUGCUCCUGUACUUGAAAACCUUUUGUGUCUUGUCAUCUUCAGGAAAAAAGUUCAGCGUGAACAUUUAACUUUGCCCAUGAGUUGGCCUUUUGCCCGACCCCAUCCCUUGCCCCCAUCCGCUUUUCUUGGUGCGAGCUGCACUCACCUGCUUGUUCACGCUUUGCGGUUCCUUAGCUUGGUUCAGCCAGUCAGCCUUUAAGGCUUAUUGCAAGGCAGGUCUUCAAAACAAGAGCUCCUGGAUCCUGCCUGCCUCCAGGUCACCCCUCCCUGUCCUCUGAAGGGCCCCGGUUAAAAAGGAAAAUGAAGUACAUUCUAGUUACCGGUGGUGUUAUAUCAGGAAUUGGAAAAGGAGUCAUUGCCAGUAGUGUGGGCACAAUACUCAAGUCAUGUGGCUUACAUGUAACAUCAAUUAAAAUUGACCCCUACAUUAACAUUGAUGCAGGAACAUUCUCUCCUUAUGAACAUGGAGAAGUCUUUGUGCUGGAUGAUGGUGGAGAAGUUGACCUUGACUUGGGAAAUUAUGAGCGGUUCCUUGAUAUCCGCCUCACCAAGGACAAUAAUCUGACCACAGGGAAGAUAUACCAGCAUGUCAUUAACAAGGAGCGCAAAGGAGAUUACUUGGGGAAAACUGUCCAGGUUGUCCCUCACAUCACAGAUGCAAUCCAGGAGUGGGUGAUGAGACAGGCAUUAAUACCUGUAGAUGAAGAUGGCUUGGAACCUCAAGUGUGUGUUAUUGAGCUUGGUGGCACAGUGGGAGACAUUGAAAGCAUGCCCUUCAUUGAGGCCUUCCGCCAGUUCCAGUUCAAGGUCAAGAGGGAGAACUUUUGUAAUAUCCAUGUCAGUCUGGUUCCUCAGCCAAGUUCAACAGGGGAACAGAAGACAAAACCCACCCAGAACAGUGUUCGGGAGCUUAGAGGACUCGGGCUUUCUCCAGACUUGGUGGUGUGCAGGUGCUCAAACCCUCUCGACACAUCCGUGAAAGAGAAAAUAUCAAUGUUCUGCCAUGUGGAACCUGAGCAAGUGAUCUGUGUUCAUGAUGUUUCAUCUAUCUACCGGGUGCCCUUGUUGUUAGAAGAGCAAGGGGUUGUAGACUAUUUUCUUCGGAGACUUGACCUUCCUAUUGAGAGACAGUCACGAAAAAUGCUGAUGAAAUGGAAAGAGAUGGCAGACAGAUAUGAUCGCUUGCUGGAGACCUGCUCUAUCGCUCUUGUGGGCAAAUACACCAAAUUCUCAGACUCGUAUGCCUCUGUCAUUAAAGCUCUAGAGCAUUCUGCAUUGGCUAUUAACCACAAGUUGGAGAUCAAGUACAUUGAUUCCACAGAUCUGGAGCCCAGCACCCUGCAGGAAGAGCCUGUGCGUUACCAUGAGGCAUGGCAGAAGCUCUGUAGUGCUCAUGGAGUGCUGGUUCCAGGAGGAUUUGGUGUUCGGGGAACAGAAGGAAAAAUUCAAGCAAUUGCCUGGGCUCGGAAACAGAAGAAGCCUUUUUUGGGUGUGUGCUUAGGAAUGCAACUAGCAGUGGUAGAAUUUUCAAGGAAUGUGCUGGGAUGGCAAGAUGCCAAUUCUACAGAAUUUGACCCUAAGACUAGUCAUCCUGUGGUCAUAGACAUGCCAGAACAUAACCCCGGGCAGAUGGGUGGAACCAUGAGGCUGGGCAAGAGGAGAACCCUGUUCCAGACCAAGAACUCAGUCAUGAGGAAACUCUAUGGAGACACAGACUACUUGGAAGAGAGGCACCGCCACCGAUUUGAGGUGAAUCCAGUCUUGAAAAAGUGCUUGGAAGAGCAAGGCUUGAAGUUUGUUGGCCAGGAUGUUGAAGGCGAGAGGAUGGAGAUUGUGGAGUUGGAAGAUCACCCAUUCUUUGUUGGGGUGCAGUAUCACCCUGAGUUCCUGUCCAGGCCUAUCAAGCCAUCCCCGCCCUACUUUGGCCUCCUCCUGGCCUCUGUUGGGAGGCUCCCACACUACCUACAGAAAGGUUGCCGGCUCUCACCCAGGGACACUUACAGUGACAGAAGUGGGAGCAGCUCCCCUGACUCUGAAAUCACUGAACUGAAGUUCCCAUCGAUAAGUCAGGACUGAUCUGGUGUUGGAUGAUUCUACAAGAAAGCCUUUGACCUGAUAGUUUACAACUAUGAUUUUACACUCUGCUUUUGACACUUCCUUUAAAUUAUGUUUUUAUUAAGAUUAUUUUAUUACGGCGGAAAGGUAUUUGGAAAACUUUGUCACUUGCAUGUCCCAUCAUUUAUAUUGGAUCCUGCGAUAAUUCCUUUGCAGUUUGUGUGUUUCUGACAUGGGGAGUGGGACUCUGGAUGGGACCUGACGAUGGCCGGCGGCUGGUUGAAGGCCAUCAGUCACCUUGUUUUCCCGACCACUUGAGUCACUCUCCUUCAAGUGAUGUUACUUCCCUGGCUGCCGCUGCCGGCACUCCAGUGCUGGGCUGCUCUGUGGAUGCUGCUGGAAUCUCAGUGCCACCGCCGCCGAGUUCUGGGGACUUGGUUCCAGCUGUGGUUGGCCCUGGCCAUCGGAGGGAUGUUUGGUUCUUCGGUACAUCAGACAAGCUCUGUCUGUGAAGUGUCACAUAGAAACCCUGGGGCUCUGUCUGCACUUCCUAUUCUUGGGGCUGAGAACACUCCUUGCAUCAAGGGGUCAAGAAAAAAGGAAUCUUGGAAACUAGUUCUGAAGCCCUCUCUUGUGUAUGCAGCAUUGAUUUGAGGGUAUUUCCUUCCUUCCAAAAUAGUGUUAAUGCAGGUGAAAUACAACUCGAAAAGAUAUUUUCUUAAUGUGACAUAGCAAUGGGCAUGACCACAUGCCCACACUGUGGUGGCUGGCUCAGUGUAUACUCUUAACUUAAUAAAUAAUGCAGAACCA